AUGACUGGAGAGCCCAAAGUUUGGCCGCCUUUUUUGUCACAAAGAAUCAUCCGCUCCUCUUCGCAAGACGAUAACCAAGCUUGUCCAUACUUGCUUUCUCGGAAAAUCUUGGGCACAGGUUCGAACUCAGCUGUCUUCGAAUGCAAGAACACAAGCAAUGGAGCUCAUUAUGCUGCAAAGCAGUAUGCAAAAAGACUCGUUUACGGAAUGGAGUCGCUGCUUCAAUCUGAAUUCAAAAUUCUUAAGCGUGUGUCUUUUGGGCACAAGAACAUACUUUCACUCAUUGACUACUUUGAAACGGAAGACCAUUUCUAUUUGGUGACGGACUUGGCCCUUGGAGGUGACUUGUUUGAAAGAAUCACAGGCACCUGCGAAGGCAGGCUACAGUCUAAUGAAGCACGAGAAAUAUUGCUUCUGGUGCUUUCGGCAUUGGCAUAUUUGCAUUCCAACCAGAUCGUCCACAGAGACGUCAAGGCAGAAAAUAUAUUAUUUAAAUCACGCACGGCAAAACCGCUGCAUUUACUUCUAGCCGACUUUGGACUUGCCCAAAUCGUCAAGGAUAGCGAGAACGGCUUUCUAGAGCAUGGCGGAACAUUGAGCUACAUGGCGCCCGAAUGCCUUUUUGAUGCAUCUUACGGCUAUCCUGUGGAUAUGUGGGCUGUGGGUGUUCUUACAUACUUCAUGCUCUGCGGAUAUAUGCCGUUUGACUGUGACACUGACAAGGAAACUGAACAGCUAAUCUCCACCGCUGACUUUAUUUUUGAGCCAAUAGAAUAUUGGGAGGGCAUUCCUGACUCUGCAAAAGACUUCAUUUCACAAUGUUUUAUCUUGGAUGCAGACAGAAGGAUCACUGCUGUUGAUGCCUUAUCUCACCCAUUCAUCUUGAACACCCCUCUUAAACGAACCGCUUCCAACUUUUCAAUGUCGCAACUCCAAGCAGCCAUUCGUAUCAUAUAUCUUUCAAACAUGACACUCGCUAACAAAACAACCUUUGAGCGCAUCCACUACAUUUAUAGCAGAAAUGAGAAGCGUUUCUUGACAUUGCGGAAGCAGAAAUUUGCUGAUGCAAGUCCGGAGACAAUUUGGAAUUCAAUGUCCUCCAACAAGUUUAACUCGAGCCCUGGAUUGAACAUUGCAGAUCUUGGGGAGUACCUCGCCUUUGAAACCUGUUCUGGUGAUUCUAUCGUCGGUGUUGUCACGGAACACUUCAAUCCCUCUCACUUUGACUUGUGGUUCAUUCUGACUGUGUUGAAGAACAGCUCAAUCGAGAACAAGGGCAAGGCUUCUGAAACAAAGGGUUUAGAAGCCGCUCGAGCUGUGACGGAGCUCUUUGAACAUAAGCUUAGAAACGUUGCUCGGGUCGAUAGAUGGAGCGAAGGAAAACUGGACUUCGAAAAGAACAUUUUAUUUUUCACCUCAAGGAAUGCACCUAUAUUGACCGUGCUUCCAGCUUUUCCGUGCAAGUCCUCCAAUUACGACAAGGUAGCAUCCUGCUUUCCUGAUAUGGGGGAGGAGCUUGCCAUUAAACGGAUAAUUGAUUUUGUUACUGCAGUCCAGGACGUUUAUCCACCAGGUAUGAAAUUCUACCUCGUCAGCGAUGGCCAUGUCUUCAGCGAUUGUAUCCAUGUGGAUGAUGACAUGGUUGACGUUUACUUCGCCAAACUCGAGGCAAUGUACCAACGUGUCAAACCUGCCGAUUUUGACGGCAUUAUAUUCAGAGGCCUCAAUGACUGUUUUGAGUCUGAUGAAAGGGGACUUGUUGCAGAGCUUUUGCACUCAGUCGAAGUAGAGCAUCCAAUUCCAACUAGAUUGGAUGAGGAGACGGAGAUAAACCGGAAGGUGUUAAUGCUUGGUUGUGAUGACAACGCUGAUGUGUUGAGAAAACAAAUUCAGACGCCUAAUCACCCCAGGCUUUACCUCUACCGGGGUUUCAACAAGUUCAUGUGUGAGGACCUUUGUCAAACCGAAUUUGCUAAAAGCAUUUCCAGAAAGAAAUACAAGAAGAUGAUUUCUCAGGUUGCUUUCGAGAUGAUUCGGAGAAAUGAUGCAUACUCCAAUUUGGUGGAACUCAUUUUCCCCUUCCACAUUCGAUUCUCCAUUCAUGCUCACCACAAUGCUGGUCCAAAAUAUGGUGUACGCUUGCUUGAUCCCGAGGUAUGUUCCAUGUCGGGACACAACCAAAAUGAAGAGGACAGAUUGCUCCACAUCCCCACGCCAUGGCACAACAGUGUGUUCAAAAUGGUUGAUUCUGAUAAAUAUAUUGUCUCGCAUGCAAGAUUGGCAAAAGAACUCGAGCUGAACCCCGAGGUAGAAGGAGGUUGGGAUGAAGAGCAGCUACUUUUCCUUUAUCGCCUGGUUUAA